ACGUGAGAUGUAUUCAAAACUAUAUGUAAAACAUCAAUUGCAGUGUUUUGCAAACACCAUGCUUCCCGAAGACAACUAGAUUCCUUCCGUCAUCUCUCUCUCUCUCUCUCUCUCUCUCUCUGAGACUAAGAAACACAUCAUGCUGCCUCACAUGCGACAAAAACCCUUCUUCUUCUUCUUCUUCUUGUUGAGCUUCACAAUCUGGUCAUGGUGGACUCUGGAUGGCGUCGUUUCAGACCCUCAGACGACUCUGGUGACGAUAGGGUGCAGCCAAAUCAACGUCAGCGACGUGUCCAUCUUCCAAGGCAACCUAAACGCAACGUUUCAAAGCAUGAGAACGCAGAUCAGCAACCAGAGCGAACACUUCGCCACGGAGCAAGUAGUGAAGGGUAACAACCCCGCUUAUGGCCUUUUUCAGUGCAGAAACUACCUCUCCAUCGCCGACUGUCUCUCUUGCUUUGACUUCGCCGCCGAUAAGAUCCGACGCAACUGCUCCGCCGCCUCCAACGGUGCCCACAUCACAUACGACGGCUGCUUCCUCAGGUACGAGAGCAGUAGCUUCUUUGACCAGUCAACAGACGCAGGCAACAACAUUAAUUGUGGGAAUGAAACAAGAAACUCAACUGAACUUGCUUCAACUGUGCAACAAGUUCUGAGGAAUCUGGAAAUAGCCACACCGAGAAUCAAUGGUUACUUUGCAGCCACCAAAACCACAGUACCUAACAGUAACGGCUCAAACAUUUAUGCCUUUGCUCAAUGUGUUGAGACACUCACACAAAGUGGCUGCGACAAUUGCUUGAACAUUGCCUUAAGAAAUUUUCAGAUUUGCCUCCCAAACUCAAAUGCUAAGACUUUCGAUUUCGGGUGCUUCAUGAGAUACUCCACCACUUCCUUCUUUGCUGAUAAUCAAACCACUAACAUCAAUCACUUCUUGAAACAAGGAGAUUCAAGCAAGAAGAAGGCCAUUAUUAUUGGUGGAGUCGCUGGAGGAACAUGUUUUAUUUUGAUUAUGAUAGCAUUAUUUGCUUUGUAUAUGCGAUCAAAGUCAUCGAAGAUGGUUCCUAAAGGUGAUAUUUUGGGAGCGACUGAGUUAAAAGGCCCUGUUAAUUAUAGGUAUAAAGAUCUAAAGUCAGCGACAAAAAAUUUCAGUGAAAAAAAUAAACUAGGAGAACAAGCCUUUGGCGGCUUAUACAAGGGUAUUUUGAAAAAUGGAAAGGUAGUUGCUAUCAAGAAAUUGCAUUUAAGCCAAUCCAAAGAGAUGGAGAAAGAUUUUGAGAGUGAAGUGAAGUUGAUAAGUAAUAUUCAUCAUCGAAAUAUCGUUCGACUCCUGGGAUGUUGCAAUAAAGGCCAAGAGAGACUUCUUGUUUAUGAGUACAUGAAAAACAGCAAUGUUGGCCAAUUCUUAUUUGGUGAGACUAAAGGUUCUCUGAGUUGGAUGCAACGUUAUGCAAUAAUUUUUGGCACUGCAAGAGGUUUGGCAUAUUUACAUGAGGAAUUCCAUGUUUGUGUUAUACAUAGAGAUAUAAAAGCUAGCAACAUCCUCUUGGAUGAUGAUUUUCAACCUAAAAUUGCUGAUUUUGGACUAGCAAGGCUUCUUCCAAGAGACCAAUCUCAUCUUCACACAAAUUUUGUUGGAACAAUGGGAUAUGUGGCACCUGAAUAUGCAAUGCAUGGGCAAUUAUCAGAAAAGGUUGAUACUUAUAGCUAUGGUGUUGUAGUCUUAGAAAUCAUAAGUGGACAAAAAAGUAGUGCAUUGAAGGUUGAUGAUGAAAGUGAAUACCUCCUCCAAAGAGCUUGGAAACUAUAUGAGAGAGGAAUGCAUAUAUCGUUUGUGGAUAAAACCUUAGACCCAAAUGAGUAUGAUGCGGAAGAAGUAAAGAAAAUAAUAGAAAUUGGGCUGCUUUGCACACAAGCAUCUCCUGCAGCAAGGCCAAGAAUGUCUGAAAUUGUUAGAAUGCUCAAAAGAAAGAGCUUAAUGGAGCACAAAGAGCCAACUAUGCCUGUCUAUGUUGAUCCUACUUCUUGGCCCAAAAGAGACGCUUCUAUGACUCACAGUUCAUCUUCAUCAAAUGCUGUUAUCUCUACUUCCAUUUUAUCAGGAAGGUGAUUUACUUCACACGCAUGAUCGCACAAUUGGCAAUGCAAAAGUAAAUAAAGUGUUGUUCUUCUUCUUCAUUCCAUUACGCAAGAUUUGAUUACAAUGAAACGUCAACUUUACAGUUAGCAAUGUUUGUAUGCAAUGAUGGCCACUUGGCCUAUGGUGCAAGAUAAAUAAGUGACUGUGGAAGCCUUUGAAUUAUGUGUACUCAAA